CACUUGGAGUGGAUUGUACCUCCAUGCUGCCUUCCUCUCCUCUCUCUGGUCCUGCUUAUCACAAUGGCCAGGCUCGUAUGAGGGAGCUGCCUCUCAGUUCACUACAGUCUCGCCUCACAGCAGCAGCCGCAGCAGCUCCAGCGUCGGCAGACUCACACCGAGGCGCAAGUGAGGGAAUAUGACACACAUCUGAGGAAAGAGGUCAAUGUGGCUACUAAAGCAGCUCUCUGGGGUAGUAGUCAGCCAUCGUGGAUUCCUGAGGCUCGUCUCUAUAGCAACCCAUUCCUCCUCCUGAGCAUUGCUGCCAACUUACCCUCUCUGCCACGCGACGACUCUCUCCUCAUCCCCCCUGCCCAAUCACCGCCUCUGACCUGCGUUUGGAAUGGACACUGAGUCGACCCACUCGGGCUACUCCUAUCACUCCAGCCGCUCCGGGAGAUCAAACCGACAUGGGGAUCGAAGCCGUGAGCGGCACAAGGCCAGCAGCAGCAAAGACAGCAGUCGCUCUGAGAGGUCUGUUGUCAUCAACCCCCCCGACACACCAUCCCAGGACUCCCCUGUUCACAACGGAGAGCCGCUGCCCGGAGAACCCACACCAGCGGUAGAUCCUGGCGAUGAAGCCCAGGAUGAUAACUGGGGCGAAACCACCACCGCAGUGACAGGCACCUCAGAGCUGAGUGUUUCCCAGGAGGAAGUGGUUGGACUGGGGAAGGGAAUACAGGACAGGACCCAAGGCUUCCGUCGCUAUCUUCCCCUAGCUGUGGGCUCAUGUGUGGGGCUGCUGGUGCUGGCGACGCCCCUGGUCUUCUUGCUUCUUCCAGCUGUAAUGUGGCCCGACAGACUGCAGGCUUGUGGUGCAGCCUGCGAGGGCCUCUUCCUCUCCAUCUCCUUCAAGCUGCUCAUCCUCCUAGUGGCCAUUUGGGCCUUGUUUCUCCGACCGGGUCGCGCCAGCCUGCCCAGGGUGUGCGUGUACCGUGCCUUCCUCACUACACUCACGCUCCUGCUCACCAUGUCUUAUUGGCUCUUCUAUGGAGUCCGGAUCCUCGAUGCACAGGAUGAGGACUACCAUGGUAUCGUCCAGUUUGCGGUGUCCCUCGUGGACUCCCAGCUGUUUGUCCACUACCUGGCCGUGGUGCUGCUGGAGCUCCGCCAGCUCCAGCCCUGCUACAGCGUGUGUGUCAUCCGCUCCACAGACGGGGAAACACGUCACUACAACAUAGGACAGCUCAGCAUUCAGAGGGCUGCUCUGUCCAUUUUGGAGUAUUACUACAGAGAUUUUCCACUCCAUAACCCAGCACUUCUCUCUGCCUCGAAGCACCGGGCUGCCAAACACCUGGCCGGGUUAAAGGUCUACAACGUGGACGCCCCAGGGAACGCGGCAGGGGCUCAGCCUGGUAAUGGGAAUCAGUCACGGGCAAUGGUUACAGCUGCCGCCAAACGCAAAGACAGCGCCCACAAUGAGCUGUACUACGAGGAGGCCGACUACGAGAGAAGAGUCCGCAAACGUAGAGCCAGGCUUGUGGUUGCUGUAGAAGAGGCCUUCACUCACGUCCGGCGGAUGAAGAAAGAGGAUGAGCGUGCGGCCCCCUCUGACAUUAUGGAUGUGCGUGAAGCUGCUCUGGCAAUAUUUCCCUCUAUGGCACGUGCCCUGCAGAAGUACCUCCGCACAACCAGGAGGCAGCACUGCCACAGCAUGGAGAGCAUCCAGAAGCACUUGGCUUUCUGCCUCGUCAAUAACAUGAGCCCAAAGGCCUUCCUCGAGGCCUACCUGGCCCCUGGUCCCACCCUGCAGUACGGCCCCGAGCGCUGGAUGGCUGAUCAGUGGACUUUGGUCAGCGAGGCUUCUGUCACCAAUGGUGUAAAGGAGGGGUCAGAGUUCCUGCUGAGGUGUCUGGACUUUAACUUAGCCGUUACCGUCAAGAGCAUCCCUUACAUCCGACUGACUGAGGAGUACAUCGACCCCAAGUCUCAUAAGUUUAUACUGCUGCUUCAAUCAGAAACCUCAGUUUAACAGACCGAGCGGACGAGUGCUGCUGAUCUGGACUUGCAGGGCUGUUAGGAUUAUCUGACUGAAUUUUUCACACAAAAAAAAGCUUUUUGUACUGUUUUUUGUACUUAAGUUUAUGUUAUUUUCUCACAUAGAGUAUCUUCGUGACCAUGUCGUUGUCCCGGGAGACACGAAAGACAAUAAAAGACAGAAAAUAGGAGGGAA